AACAGCCAAGACACUGCACAGAACCCUCAAACUCCCAGGCCUCUGUUUUGACAACGGUGAAGCUCUGGCCACCUGGGAGGAAUAUUUUUCAGACCCAGAGGAUAAAGAAAUUACGUGCAUCAUUCUGCAAGAUUAAAAUCAUGGCAUCAGUGACUUCGGACUAUGAUUAUAGUACAGAAGGAGAUUACCCAGAUAAUGGGCUCUGCAACCUCGACCAGAACCCCAUGGAGGUCAUUGCCCAAACUUACAUCCACUCCAUCAUCUGUGCCUUUGGUCUGAUUGGCAACAUUCUUGUGAUUGCCACCUACAUAUUCUACAAGAGAACCAAGAUGAUGACAGAUGUCUAUCUCUUCAAUGUAGCUGUGGCGGACCUGAUCUUUGUGGUCGCUCUGCCAUUUAUCAUAUACAAUGAGCAGCACAAUUGGUUAAUGGGUCCUGUGGCCUGCAAGAUGCUGAGGUCAGCCUACUGUGUCAAUCUCUACAGUGGCAUGAUCCUGCUUGCAUGCAUUAGUGGUGAUCGUUAUGUAGCUAUAGUUCAAGCUAGAAGAUUCUUUGGUGCUCGCUCACAUACUGUUAUCUACAGCCGCCUCAUCUGCUCAGUUGUUUGGGUGUUUGCAGUAGCUUUAACUUUGCCCACACUCAUCUACACUGACCUCUUUGAGGAGUACAAUCUGGGGGCUGAGACUGUCACUGUGGAAUGUCAGCUGUCUUUCAGCAAGAGGGAAACAGCAAAGCUAAUGAAGGUGCUGGUUCCCAGCCUUCAAAUGGCCAUUGGAUUUCUGCUGCCUCUAUUGGUUAUGGUGUUCUGCUACUCCAGAAUCAUGUGCACCUUGCUGAGAGCACAGAGCAGCCAAAGGCACAAGGCUAUCCGUGUGGUCUGGGCAGUUGUUGUGGUUUUCAUCAUGUGCCACCUCCCCUACAAUGUGGCUCUGCUGGACCACACUUUGUCUCUUUUUAAGGAGAGGAGUUGUGAGAUGGAAAAAUUUAAACUCCAAGUUCUGGCCAUUUCCAGAAGUGUAGCCUACCUCCACUGCUGUCUCAAUCCCGUCCUCUAUGCCUUCAUUGGGGUGAAGUUCAGGAGCUACUUCCGGCAAAUAAUGUUGGACCUAUGGUGCUUCAGCAGAAAGUACAUCUACACUGUUUGCUCAUCAGGGGAGACUUCCGAUAUUUGCAUUUCAGCCCACAUGUCUUCAGAUGGUUUGAACAAAAUGUCGUCUUUCAGUGGAUGACAUUACAGUGGUAGAAUUCUUUCUUAAGGUCAUAAUUAGCAAUGGCAAUGAUAGAGCAGCCUCUCAUCUUUUUCAGACUGUUGCCUUGCUUUGCUGUACAAAGCUAGUGGUGAAAGCAUCUUGUGUUAAAACAAAACAUGUAGUGUAUUUGAAAUCUACUGUAUUCUUACAUUAACAAGUUGCAUUCAAUAUAAUACAAGAUUGUAAGACAUUCCACAUGGUUAUAAAAGCUGGAUCCUACAUUUCCAAUAAUGCAAUCAAUGACAAUUUUUUGUAAUACACGCUCUGCCUACAAAACACCCAUGUCAUUCCAUGUCUUCAAGCCCAAGAAGAGAUAGGCCAAAAAGAUAUAAUUGAUUUUGCAGGCUGAUUAAAAUGACAUUUGUGUGUAAAAUAUGAAGAUCUGAGUUCUCCUUAAAAGACAUGCAAAAAACCACUCAUUUUGUCAACUGUCAAUCACAUGCAUCUGCACAGUCAAGCAGGGAUAGCACAUGUAACUAUAACAUUAACAGUUAAACUGGAACACCAUUAUGUAAUUAAUUACAAAUGCAUUUUUCAUCCUUUGACAUGUCUGACAAUAACUACAUGUGACAACAACUGCUGUCAGACACUUCCAUACAAUGUAACAGUAUUUUAAAUUACUUUUUACAUAGAUAUGAUUAAGGCAAUACCAUGGAAAGAAUAUUGCUGAUUGGUGAGGUCAAGGUUACAUCUCAUGUCAAUGUCUGUAAUAUUCUCAUGUCCAUGUUGCCAGUCCUGUUUCCAAAAGAGCUGGAACGCUAUGUAAAUAAAACAGAAUGUGAAUUUUUAAAUCCAGACAUAUACUCAACUGAAAACAGUACAAAGACAAUAUAUUUAAUGUUUUACCUCAUUGACUUCAUUGAUUUUUGCAAAUAUAUGCUUAUUCGGAUCUCAUAUCAAAACUCAUUUGAUGCCAGCAACAUGUUUCAAGCAAAUCUAUGUAUUCCUAAUCUUGCUGGACUGUCACUUUUUUCUCUGCAAUUUUUCUAGAACUACAUAUAUAUCCUAUUUUUUUUAAUGUGAUGAAGCUUUUAUAUUUUGAUUGAAUUGACAUACCAUGAUAUUUGGCUGUAUUGUUC